CCCUCCACCACUAGCUAGCGUCGUCGUUGCGCUCUGUAGUUGUAGCCCGAGCCCCUUGCAUCCAAGCUAACAAGCUAGGAAGAACAUCUCCCUUGCAUCCGACGAGCGAGUGACGGUUGGAUCUCCAUGGACGGCAAGACGCCUCAUCUGCUGCCUCUGAGUCUGAGCGAGGCCAAAAAGAAGAUCCGGGAUGACGUCCCACUGGUCUGCGGAUGGGCGCUCCUCAACGCCUUCGCCACGGUCUGCGGCGUAGCAAGCGGCUACAUAGCCGAGUACAUCCAUGUCUCGUGCAGCCAGUCCUCCUUCAUUCUGCCCUGCAUCGAGCUGACAGACGCGGAGGCCGCGAGGGUAAUCGCCCUCUGCAUCGGGAUGAUGUGCUGCGCCCCAACCCUGGCAGCCGCGGCGGCGCUGGCGCUGCUGCUCCCAUGCCGCCGUCGCCGGGCCCGCCGUGCCCUCGCCUACCUCGCCCUUGCGGUCACCGUCCUCUUCCAUUGCAUGUACGCCAGCGCCGUCUGGAUCUUCCUCGCCGCCGACCCAGGAUACAUCUUCGGCAGGAUCUACUUCACCGCGGGCUUCUGCUUCAUCGUGGUGGGCGACCUCCUCAGCUUCCGGGCCCUCCUGGGAGGUGAUGGGUGGGGCAUGAAGUACGUAACCUAUUUCUUCUGAUCAUGUUCGUGGAUCAGUGAUAUUCCACCAGGUACUGAUGAGAGCGUAGAGUAUGCAUUCAUUCUGCUGUGACGGUUGAUGGAGUAGUGCCGUAUCUAGUGCAGUGUUAAUAUCCAGAUCGACUCUACUAGUUAAUUAUAUUACUCCAUUUGGGCAAUGCUCGCUGGCUAUAUAAUUAGACUGGAUCGAUUCUAGUAGUUAUCCUAUGUAUUCCACCUUAAUUUUCUCUAUGUGAUCGUCAGACAUGAGUUAUAUGCUAUAUGUUGGUGAAAUUGUUGCUCCA